AUGCACCGCUAUACCGCAGGCACGCCGUGCCCUGCACCUAACCCAUCGUUUCCAAGUGGAUACUACGACUACGGACGCCCAGCAUCGAGCUACGCGCCCAGCUAUGCCACCGACGACACGACGGCCAACAUUGAGUACACAACAGAGCUGAAGGCCAGUCUGCGCACUGCGAAGCCGCGUCGGCCGACGCGCAACAUGCACAAGCCGGCAUUCAACCCGUCGCUCGACAUUUUCGAGGACGUCGCGCAAGAAGAGGAGCAGCAGCAGCUGGCAGCGGUUGAGACGAAAAGAAGGAGUCGCGCGUCCAUCAUGCCCGAGGGCUCGAGGAUUAAGAGGACCACGAUGCUAGCACACCCAGCACAACGCAUACCGAAACCCGCACCGCCUGUCCAGGAAGCGCAGCCUCUCAAGCCACAGCGGAGACGCGUCUCCCACAUGCUUGCGGAGAGACAGGGCGGCGAUGUCAACGCGACUGUGCAGCUGCAGGAGGACAUACUCGAACAGCGCGAGCUCCGAAAGCAGGCGCCUAAGAAAGACCCGCGCCGAAGAACCAUAUACGUACCGUCCGACGACACGACCGUUAUGACCAUACACCCAGGCCAAUCGACGCAUGCGACGCGCAACCCCCGGCAGAACUCCCCAGACAUUGGCCUAGACUUGGUCACCCUCUCAGAGGAGGAGGGUAAGCUAGUUCCUGCACUGAAGAAGGAACGUAAGCUUCCCAGGAAAUCAUUAGCUGCACCACCCAAACGCGGACCCUUGAUCUCGACGACGCGCUCGCUACAAAGCGUGUCGUUCUGCAGCGACGUGAUUGGAUCAGGGAGCGGAAAGGAGAACCUACCACCCGGCGUGGAGAUUGUAGAGAAGAAGGGAACCGGCACCAUUAUCGAGCUCAACUUCCCCAAGGCCGACCCCGAGAAAUCGGCCAUGAAAGCGCCUCCGCGAGUCCACUUCAACACCACCAAGAGCGCCCCUAAGAGCACCACCAACUCGCAAACUAAGACGAAACUCACAGGCUCCCAGAAGCGUUCACGACCACAAUCCGCUUACGACAGCUCGCCCGCAAAGUCGCUCAAAGCUAGAGCGGAUGCCACGGCUUCGAGCAGAGCAGCUCUGAAAGAGACCAUCAAGGCUGCGAAAGCCAAGGCCUCGAGGCCAAGCCGCACCCCGUUGUCGUCUUCUUCUCCAUUCCACACCAGCAGAUCACCUCCGACCGCCUUGCGCCGCCAGAGGGUAGAAAGAGCAGCUCCUGCAGUCAGCAUGAUGCACAUUGUUGGACAGAAGCCUGAGAAGAAGGAGAAAUACCCUGUGCUUACAGAAGACCUCACCCGCUCGACCAUGUACGAGGACAGCUGGCUCACCUACCAAGAAGUUGCAAUCACUCAGCUCCUGAACUCGGUCUUCGACUCAGCAAGCAGUGAUCCCAAUGCCGAACAGAGUCCCGAGGACUUGAGGAAGAAGAUGCUUGCGCUGUAUCAUGAACCCUCGAUGCCACCGCUGCACAAGCGGCUGCAGGCUUCUCUGCAGUACGGCGCGUUGAGCAUACCCAAAGAUCUUCUUGCCCAGACCCUGCGACUCAAGGACGACGUCGGGCUGCGCAAGAAGUUCCUGAACUUGUGGACGAAGACGUACGAUCUCAAUGCACUACGCGCUGCAGCGGAGACCGUCAUCGGGAGACAAAUCAACACGCCCUGCCGAUUGUCGACUGGCUCCACCAGCUCCGAUGAUGGAUCGCGCAUGUUCCGCGCCGAGCGACGUGCGAUUGAAAAGUUCCUGGACGCAUUCUUGAUCAAGAACGAGGACGCUGUUCGCGUCAAGUCAGGCGCAGGAAGCAUUGCAAGCAUCGCUCGAGGUGACGACGACUUUGGUUCUCAAGCAUGGUCAUGGAGGCGCACAGCUCUUCGCAGCUUGAUGCUUGCGUUGUUACUUGACAAGUCCAAGACAACUGAGAUCCUUCCUGGAUGUCUGUUUCAGACGACCUCGCCCCACAAGACGUCUGUCGAGGUGCUUCACCAGCUUUCGCACCUGUUGCUUCCAUCGCUUGGCGAUAUAACUCGACCUUUAGGCCACCUGAGCUACAAGGUGGAGCACGCUCAGUAUCCGCUCCAGGAGUACACCUACCACAUCGACAACAUCGCAGUCGACUUGCGCGAUGGCAUCGUUCUGACUCGUCUGGUCGAGCUACUUGUAUACCCAUCUUCAAGAAUGACCGAGGAGGAAGACCAGACAAUCACCGUUUCUAUGCCUACCGGUGAGCUCUUGAAAAGUGACUGCAACGACAAGGAAAGCUGGGUGUUGUCACAACAUCUCAAGUACCCAGCUAUUGGCCGACCACAGAAGGUAUAUAACGUCCAGAUCGCCCUUUCAGCCCUUGAGGGCGCGCCUGGUAUCCCACGCCACGCCUUCGACGCGAUCAAAGCAGACGACAUCGUCGAUGGCCACCGCGAGAACACACUCAGCCUUUUGUGGUCGCUGGUCGGCAAGUGUGGUCUCGGUAACCUUGUCGACUGGCCACAAAUCGUGAAGGAGACAGAGCGAUUCCGGGAGCAAUGGUACCGCAACCGUGACAACUUUGAAGAGCGGGAUCUCGAUUCCGACGCGGACGACGCGACCGCCGAGAUUGCCGGACUGGAAUAUCAUAAGCGCCUCCUGCUUUCAUGGUCCCGCUCCAUUGCUCGCCUGCACGGAAUCCGCGUUGCAAAUCUCACAACUUCGUUUGCAGACCCGAAAGUCCUGGAAGUCAUCGUCGACACUUAUCUUCCCUCGUCUAUUGCAACAACCAUGGAACACGGCAGACUGGGCUUAGCAGCAAAACUGAGAGCAGUCGGUUGUUCCACCUCUUUCAUAUCGCUUUUCACACCGCAACACGCAUCCGCGCGCUCGAUUCCGUCGCGAGACUUCACGCUCCUCACGCUCUCGUUCCUGGCUUCGCGUCUUCUCCCACUCAGCCUCACGCACCGCGCUGCAUCGACUAUUCAAGCCGCGUUCCGUCGUCAUCUAUCGCGAAGGAAGAUUAGCCAACGCAUCGCCUUGAUGAAGAUGGCUCAUGAAUGUGCUGUGGUUGCGCAGACCAGAGAGCGUCUUUUCAAUGCUGCUACUGUAAUUCAAGUACGCUGGAAGGGCAUCUUGGAAGCCCGGAAUAAACAGCUGGAGAGCGAUGUUCUGGCGUUCCAGGCUCUCGCAAGGGGGUGGGCGAUUCGACGAUGGGUGAGGAGAAUCACAGCCGGAAGGGUUGGAGGGAAGGAGAAGAUUCGCAGAGUUAGGGGAGGAUGGUAG